AUGGAGAAGAUGAUGGUGAAGAAUGAAGAGAAAACUAGGAGGCUCCGCUUGAGCACAGUGGAUCGUGAGGCUCAGGAAUCACGGUGUGUCAAGAGAAGGAGAAGAGACCCGGCUGCAGUUGCGGCUAGUUGUGACAACAGCCAGAGUGAGCAGCAUUUGCCACAAAAACCAGCUGAUCAAACUUCUGCUACCACAAUGAAGAGAAGUUCAAGAUUUCGCGGUGUCAGCAGGCAUCGAUGGACUGGUCGAUUUGAAGCCCACUUGUGGGAUAAGCUCUCUUGGAAUGCAACGCAGAAGAAGAAAGGGAAACAAGGAGCUUAUGAUGAAGAAGAAUCUGCUGCAAGGGCAUAUGAUUUAGCUGCACUUAAGUAUUGGGGAACGUCAACUUUCACAAACUUCGCGAUAUCAGACUAUGAGGAAGAAAUUGAGAUAAUGCAGACUGUAACAAAAGAAGAGUUUUUGGCCUCGUUACGAAGAAAGAGCAGUGGCUUUUCAAGAGGUGUAUCUAAGUACAGAGGAGUAGCAAGGCACCAUCAUAAUGGUAGAUGGGAAGCAAGAAUAGGAAGAGUUUUUGGAAACAAGUACCUCUACCUUGGCACUUACAGCACCCAAGAGGAAGCUGCUCGUGCCUAUGACAUUGCAGCAAUUGAGUACAGAGGGAUCAAUGCUGUGACAAACUUCGACUUGAGUUCUUACAUAAGAUGGUUAAAGCCAAGAGCUGACGAUCCGAUAGCCACUCAAGAACCAGAGACAGUUGCAGAGCCUCAGAAUAUACCAGCAUUCAUGGCCAACAGCUACAUCCCAACAGAGGAGCCCUCAUUCUCACACACAAACCCUUUUGCCUCUGGUUACUUGAGCUCUCCUCAAAAGCAAAAAGUCACCAGAAGUAGCGUCCCACUUAACACUGGUAGCAAGUCAUCUUCUCCCACCGCACUUGGCCUCCUCCUUCAGUCUUCAAUCUUCAGAGAACUGGUUCAGAAGAAUGCAAACUUCUCGGAGGAUGAAAGUACUGACGGUGAAGAAAAGAAGAACCAGACACAGGUUGGUAGUGAUGAUGAGUUCAGUGGAAUUUUCUAUGAUGGAAUCCGAGACAACCCUUUUGUUUGCUCGUCCAACUCUGAUGGAGACAACUCAUGGAGCAGCAUUGCAAGCACCAUUUUGCUCAAUCAGCCAUCAAAAGCAAAUGCCUCCUCGGACUCUCUAUUUUUCUUUUCUUAG